AUGAGUUGCCUCCUUGGGAGCAAUGUAGAACGAGGAGUUUCGCAUUUUAUUUUUCCUUUUCACGUUCUGCCUCACUCGUUGCGCAGUUGGCUUCCCCGUUUGGCUCUCCUCUUCGCCUUGCUGCAUGGGGUAACGCUCUGCAAGAGUGGCCAGGGGAUGGACGCGCCGCGGGGCCCCCCUGGCGUGCCCCCCAUUUUCAGCGUCAUCAGCAGCGAUGUCAAGCUGGGGAACCAAGGGGACUACGUGAGGAGGGCGCACCACCACGAGGCGGUGAAACUCUACGAGCAGGUCCGGAACAAAUGCAGGGUGUACUUUUUGCCGCUCGUCUGGCAAUGCGGCGAGAGGGGGGGCCCACGCGGGAGGGCCACAGAAAGGAACGCUGAGGGGGCCCCUAACAGUACCCCCAACAGAGCCGCUAACCGGGGCGACGAAACCCCCUUCGAAUACCUGCAGCGAAACCUGGGAGAGACGAAGCACAAGGUGGAAAGCCUCGCGGCGCACAUCCAACAGUCAGACGUUGUAGUAGUCCCCAUGAACUACCACGACAUUUUAAAUAAGCACCUCCUGGACAUUUCCCAGUUUAGCAACUUCCUCAAUGCGAUCGACCUCCUACUGUAUGUAAGCCAAACGAGGGGUAACCACAACGUUAUUUUUUACAUAUUCAACUUUCAUGAAGAUGAUGAUGCCCCGGGGGGCAGGUCCCACCACGACGACUACGUAGAGAAGGAAAAGGCAUCCAUCGUCCACAUAGUAAAGUCGUUUCUGCGCAGCCACUGGAAGGACCCGUACCACAAGUGUGUGAAGGAGCGGUUCGUUUUUGCGAGGGGGAACUGCAUCGACGUGGAUAGGUGGCGAGGUCAAAUUGGGAAGAGGAGGGUCUACUCCAGAGUGAAGGUCCCACAAUCACAGAGUGAUCCUGCGGAGGGGAAAGCCCCACAAUCACCGCUUAUCCCUACUGAGGGGAAAGCCCCACCAUCACCGCGUAUCCACACGGAGGGGCAAAUCCCACAAUCACCGCUUAUCCCCCCAACUGGGGACCGCAGCAGGGACGCCAUCUUUGCGAAGUACCGCCCCGACACGCUGAAGAACCUGACUAGCGAAAACUACUUCGUGUAUAAUUUUUUUUCCAACCUGAAAAUCUCCAUCCUACACGAAUACUUAAAAUUGGCUAGCCAGCUAAAGGUGGACAGUUUUGACCCCCUGCCAGAUGCAGCAAAAAUGAAAGGAAAAAUGAACCAAGUGGCGAAAGAAGUGGAUUUGCUGCUUAACAAGUUUUUACUCUUUCAAUUGAACAAAAGGGUCAUUCAAAAUGAUGAUGCGAUGGAACAUAUUAGGAAGAAGCAGCACGCCUACCUCGUCCACAUCAUCCUAACGGACUUGCUAGAAAAAUAUGAACACAAUUUGGAGACCCUCAUUCGGCACUUAUACCAGUUAUAUAGAGAGAGAAUUAAAAAAAUAAAAAUAACUUCAAAUAUAAUUCGUGAGUUUACGAGAGAAAUUAAAAACAUUGAUGAGUUGUUUCACCUGCACAACUCGGCCUUGUCCUUUGUGGACUACUUUAAAAACAAAGGGGGUCACUUUCGCGAAAGGGCCAACUGUAUUUCCCUUCAGAUGGAGGCAAAACUUCUUCAAACCGUAAAUGAAACUGCUACGGAAAUUGUGAAUUACUAUAUAUCACAGGGGGUGUACGUUCGGCACUACGAAUUCACUGCUGGCUUUCUCUCCCUGAGGAAGCUCUCCUUCUUUUCCUACUUGCUCCAAAAGGUCGCCGAUUCGCUCAGGAACAGAAUAAGCCUCAGCUUUAACUACCUGUCCCCGAGCGCCUUCGGCUUCUCCUCCUACAAGGACGACCUCUCCUUGUCGCCCAAGCGGGACCUCAUGAUCACGACCAGCGAAAUGGACCAGGUGCAAAAAAUAAACAUCCCCGCGAGCACCUACUCGAAGAUCCUCCUCUCAAUGGACGCGAAUAAGAGGUAACCGAACUGGACCCCCCUGAGGGGCGGACUCCCUGGGUGGGUGACACUUCACU